AUGCCCGCAUCGGCAGUAGAAACCAAGAAAUGGUUCCGCCCCAAAGGGUGGUUCACCGACCGUGAAGUCCGAAUCGUCGUGAACCGAGUUCUCCGAGAUGAUCCAUCCAAGGGCGAUAUGCACAAUCGACAAGCAAUCACUCCACGACGUCUCUGGAACGCUCUCCGCGAUUACGACCUGUGGCCUAUCUAUCUGCUUGGCAUGAUCGUGUACACUCCCAUGGUCCCAGUGACUCAGUAUAUCACUCUUACGCUUAGGGGACUUGGUUUCAACACAUUUGUAACCAAUCUCCUCACCAUUCCCCACAGCGUGGGCCACAUCAUUCUACUCCUCACUCUGACUCGUAUAAGCGAGUGGUUGAACGAACGAGCCCUCACAUCCAUGGCACAGAGCCUUUGGACAUUGCCCUGCGUCGCGGCAUUGCGGUUUUGGCCGCAAAUCAUGGAAAACGCAUGGGGAACUUAUGCCGUGGUGACAGUGAUGCUCUCUUAUCCCUACUGUCACGCGAUCCUGGUGGGCUGGAUAUCUAAGAACUCGAAUAAUGUGGGAACAAGAACUGUUUCUGCUGCGAUUUAUAAUAUGUGUGUGCAAUUAGGCAACAUCAUCGGAAACAACGUUUACCGCGAAGACGACAAGCCCAAAUACCACAGGGGAAAUUCAGUUCUACUGGGUCUUAAUAUCUUGGCUAUAUGUCUGUUCCUUGCGACGAAGGUGUAUUAUGUGCUGCGAAACAGACACAGAGAUCGUGUGUGGGCUGGCAUGACGGAUGAGCAACGGCAAGACUAUGUUGAGAAUACCAAGGAUACAGGGAGCAAGCGACUGGACUUUAGGUUUGCUCAUUAG